AUGGCACAAAUAACUCCGCAAGCAACGGCAUACGUCACUAUUCAACAGCCGUUAGCGAGUGGCAAUCCCUUUAAAAGAGAAGGAGGUGAUUGGCAUGCGGAAUUGUGUGGUUGCUGUGAUGAUACGAAAGAGUGUUGUAUGGCAUAUUUCUGCUGGUGCUGUUUUCUUGGUUCACUUGCGGAUUCAAUCAAUGAAUCCAAAUGGUCAUGUCUAUGCGUUCCAGGUGCAUUAGGAAUGUACCGUACAAAAGUUCGAACUACAUUGAAUAUUAAGGGUAGUGUUUGUAGCGAUUAUUGUGUUACUUCAUGCUGUGGCUUCUGCGCUGCUGUUCAAAUGCGUAACGAGUUGAAAUAUCACGGAAUUUCUUAA